AUGGCCAAUGACACGCAGCCUCUGUCUUCAGCGUUUCUACCUUACCUGCAUCAUCACAUCUGUCUUCCCCCAAAGGUACCGUAUGCAAAUGAUGCUGGAGAUGAGAAAGGACAGCUUGCUUUAUUGAAUUUUGUGGUCGACCAGAGCCGUGAUUUCCGGGACAGACUGCCUGAAGAAUAUUACAAAGCAUGGACAGCAGUAUACCGCGCGUUGCGAGUAUGCCGGAGGCUGCAUGGGGAUGCAGACGCAUUGACAAAAGAGUCUUUACAGGUGGCGGUCCGAGAUAUGAUUGAAUCCGACACUCUAUUUUUGCAUAUCGCCACCCAAAAUGCAGGCCUUCUUAUUCGCAAAGAUAGCUCAGAAUACGUGGUCGAGGUCUUUGAAGCGUCAGCGUCUACAGCAGAAGUGCUAGCAGCCGAGAGUGCAUUACAAUGGAAUCUGCCAAGCAGAGCAAUCGCGAUCGACCUUGCAACCUUCGAGAAUCCAGAAUUUCAGACGCAGCUAAUCAUGUUCAUUGAUACCGCCAGCAGCGAGAGUGUUAAGCGCUUCGUACCAACAGUCUCGAAAGGAGGCGCAAAGGUUUAUGAAAGCCGUGAUGCUGUCAGCCCUGCUGUUAUCAGUCAACUUUUGCUGGCCAUAUUAGAGGCAAACGGUCACAAGAAAUGCGUUCCCCUUACUCGUAAAAUGGUUCACGAUGAAGUCACUUGGUCCGAAGGGGCCAAAGACCCAUGGCGUCGGAACCCGCUCUGGUUCGUUAUACGUGUCGCCGUACAACGUUCCCUCUGUACACUUCUUGGCGGCAGUAUGGGAACAGCGCACUACAAGCUUUUUACGUGCUCCCUUAUGGCUACCUUGCUCAAAGAUUCGCUCAGGGUAUCUCGCUUUUCGGUCGACAAAAUAACACAUGCUCGAGCGAAAUUAGCACGCCGGCUGGAUAAAUUGACCCAGGAAAUGGCUGUCCCAACUUCAAACCUGGGUCUUAGCAUUGCAGGUGUCUUCCCAAUAUUCGAGCCGUCUAUGAGCCGCAUAUUACAAGAUGUAAACACGGAGCUUGAAGAGCAAUGGAAGUACGCUCGGUCACAGGCCUUGAAGCGCAUCCUUCCAUUGCCUACACGUGCUGACCAGAAAAGUACUACGUUGCUGCUUCCUCACAGCAGACCACAGUUGACGCAGAUCCGACUUCUUUCAUCUGCGACGGCAGUGCUUCAACCUGUGGACAUUGCUGCUCGGUCUCGAGAAAUGUUUAAGAACAGAAUGGCUAGCAAGCUUCCAAUGAAGACCACUCUAGAUGUAAUGGGCUACGUUGAAUUAGCCGAUUAUGAACUUUCGUUGAGAGCCGACCUCGCUAGCAUGUCCGAAAGUCUGUCAACUGUAGCAAAUGAAGACAAUUGUGCCACAAUAAUGGCCGAGAUUUCUCAAUAUCUAAGGUUCGCCUCCCAGGUGUACCAGGGCAACCCUGAACAGAUGUCUCACAUGUUGAUUAUUGUCAUGGAGUUAUGGCAAAUGUUGGACCUCAUAAGCAUCAAGCUCUACCCAAUCAUGGCAGACUAUGAUCACGGAUUUCCAUCCGAUCUCUUCUACUCACUUCAAGCAGCGGCGUCUGAGGAGAUGCAAAGGAUCAGAGCGGUCGAAGUCUACUUGCAGGAUCGUCACGACAAAGCUUCGUACGGGAUUCGCGAUGUAUUUCAUCCGAAAUCAGGGCACUCUCUCGCCGUGCGUCUCUUCGACACUUUACCUCAUAUGCAACAAUGCAGAAUUCAAAUUCAUGCUGCUGAUGCAGCGAAAAGAAUGGAGAAGGAGGAAGAAUGGGAGAAAUUGCACGCGACUUACGACUCGCUUAUCAAGCAAAGAGCAGCAACGCGUUGCGUUCGAACCGAUUGUGAUGAUGAAGAGCAGCAUUUCAAGUGCUGUACCUCAUGCCUGUUCAGGCGAAAGGCAAGAAGAGUAAAAAUCAGCGUCCACGAAGCCUUCUUACCUGCGGAUGAUCUUGAGUCGAAAACUGUGGUUUGCGAGCUGUUGCUGCCUCGGGUGAUCGCCAUCUGGCGAGACACUACCUGGCGCAUACUUCAAAUUGGACAAGAUUUGGAUCAUUGUGGCGGAGCGGCAAAGCUCAAAGCAACUAAUUAUCCGGGUCUGUCGAAACAUGCCUACUUUUCGUCAAACACAGUGGCAUUGACCUCUAAAACGAAAGGAUUUGCCGCUACUCACUACAAGGAAACGACGUUCCCAGUAUUGAUGGAAAUGGUUUGCGUCCCGCAUGCUGGUAGGUAUAUCUACUAUGAUCACAAGAAUGGCGUAUCCAUCUCAGAUCUCUGCCGAAGCGAUGAAUUUGAACCAAGUUUUCGAGACCUCUGCGCUCCGAAAUUACCUUGUGACUCUGAUUACGACUCAGUCCGCCACUGUAUUCGUCCUUCCUUCAGUGAAGGAGCACAAUCACAUAAUCAGGUCAUCGCAAACCAAACAAGGUGUCCAAACAUUCUGACAGUGGCGGAGUUUUCGGCUUACCAGUCACUCCGCCUUGGAGGUCUGCUGCAGUGGCCUCAACUCCUUCGUGAACUCCAAUCAUCUAAUUUAUCGUUCAGUACAUUAGAAGUAGGCACACUCGUGAGCCAACUUGCACUCAUGGUCGGACCAGCAGAUGGAACGAGCUGGCUGAGAUCGACGCACUGGGUUUUCAUGGACGCCCAUUUCUGUGAGCAGCUGUUGAGGCGCAUUGAAAAUCGACUUCGUGAAAGUGCAAGUAAUUGGCGAGAGUGCCAGAUGGUUCACUCUAUGCUUAUACUACUCCUGAGAUCUCAUGCUUUGGCGGAGUCUCCCUCCAUCCGGAGCCAGGCGGCAACGCAAAUUUUCGCCAUUCGUGAUAUGACGCUAGGCUGGAUGAGAGAUCAGCGAAUACGGACCUGUAAUGCACCCGACAUUGAUACAGCUCAGAGAAGGGCUCAAGAGACUCUGUUGUCUGCACUCGUUUGCAGAAAAACUUUCCUUAUUGAGUCUGCCGAAUCGGCCGAUAUACUGGGAGGUGCCGCAUUUUCUUGUUUCGUUGAAUGCUCUAUCACCCUGAAAGAGAACUUGCCUUCUGAGGAUGAAGGCCAUAUCAGCAAAUUACCCAGACAUCUUCAGCACUUAUUCGUGAAUGACACUAAGAUGGUUCAUCGUCUCGAGCGUCGCCUGAAGUUGUCGCUAUACAGAUCUGACCACGCUAUCAACACAGCCAUAACUAACAUCUUAGCUGAAGCAGAGCAUUUUGGUGUUCGCUUUUACUCUUCAUGGAAUCUCAUGCCAGAUCGGAAUCAUUGUAUUUCAGCACAAUCAUAUCGGCGCAACGGCUUCAGUCAAACAAUGAUGUACGACUUGUUGAAAGGUGAUCUAUUCAUUGACGGACGUAUACAUGGAAGACUUCCGCCAUUGUACUCAAAGCAUCCUGCUUUUCGGAAGCUGUUGGGGGAUCGAGUACUCAUGACUUUACCAUCAGAUAUUGUAGGCAUGUCAUAUAGGCUUGUCAGCCCGCAUGAGGGCCACGAAGUCCAUUGCGGACUUCGCAACGAUCGCCUUGUGCUGAGGACUCGCCAACGUGGGAAGAUUCUCGAAUUCAUUCCUCCAGAAAUGUUCUUAGGGGCUAACAACACCCCAGAGCUGCCUUCAUCCUUGAUCGACCACCGCGUGCAUUGGUUGGAUAUUGAAAACCAAAUUGUCGAAAUCAGACCAGAUUCGACCGUGUGGCAAGCAAAAUGGAGCGACUGGAAACUGAACCUUAUUACCUGUGAAGCAUGGCGCAACAAGAAUGUUUCUCUCGUAGAGCCUCAAAGUCGAAUCUUUCACCAAAUCGCUUCCGUAUUGGAACCUUUUGAGUCACGUGCUAACAUUGUUGUGUAUCAGCCAGAGAGGAGGCAUUUGUCAGUUGAGCUUCCCGCACUUGGACUCAGAUUUGAAGUCAAUGGCAAUGGGUCUCUAGAGUCGGAACAGUUACGAGCAAUAGUAGAUACAGACCAGGAUGCUGGAACCUUGUACGGCCUACGGAAUAAAUUGGUUCUGCGUGAUCAAUUCAAUCCCAGUGAGCGGAGCAUUCUCAUUACCAUUGGCAAAAUAGAAAUAAAAGAAGGUCCUGGUCAUCAGAGAGUUGGAAUUGAUCAUGACAGAAUCUACGCACGCUUCCAUAUCAACAGCAUCCUUGGGCGCCUAGAAUGUGCGCCUGAACCUCGUUUGAUUUACUUCAUGGCUUUAUGUCAUGCUUUAACAUCUUCUGUACUUCCAGAUCCGCUUACAAAAAGGACGGGUACUGAUGAGGCCUUACAUCAGUUACGAGCAGGCAAAGCUCAGCCCUGGGAGCCGCUUGACAUGAAGUCGUAUAGCAUUCUACAAUUGAUCGCCGGGUUGACGCCGAUACGGCAAUACUAUCCUCGAGAGCUCAGGACUCUCGAAAGCGUUGCAUGGCAGCAAGACCUCCCUGUAGAGUUGCAGCACGACGAUUUCCGUGUGUUGGUGGAAAAUAUCUACAGUCAAUGUCGAGAAUUGAAAUUGUACAAUUCGUUCUUCGAUCAACCUCCUGAUAAGGACAUCAAAUCUGACGAGCAUCUGUUGAAUCGUGGCAAAUAUCGACGCGAUCGAUUCCGUGCCAAAAAUGAACAGUCCUCAGUGCAGAGCACCAAACGUCACUACGCUUCACGGAACUCUGAUGAAUCUGACGCUUUCCUGAACGCAUUUGAGGCUGCUUCAUUACUCAAAGACUGGACACACAUCAUGGCCUUGCCUUCAAAUUUCGCUAAGAUCGCUAAAGACUGGCCCCUGAUCCAGGGUUUUCAACAUGACAAAACUCCCCACUUGCUGUCAGAUUUGAUAAGCAUUGAUCUUGGCUUGACUUGGGGGUCGUUGUUUUUGACCUGUCUCUACGCAGACCGACAACAUGAUCAGUAUAAAUUAAUGUUUCUUCUAGCAGCUGUCGCUUUUAGAGACAAAGUUGACAUGUCGGUCAUAAGAUCCCUGGUCGCGGUUGCAACGACAUUUGAACCGGGAUCUAUCCAGCUUCCUAAAGCUUCGAGCUUUGAGCGGUUCUGCUACGGUCAAGUGCCGACGCUACGGUCGCUAUUAGACCUUAUUAAGCCACACUGCGAACCUUUCAGACUACCUCCGAUGACUCCCCAGACAAGUCUCUGGGAGCGUCAGCGGUUAGAGGCCGCGCGAGUUGACCACCAAAGACGCGCUACUGUAGGCUGCCAGACGCUUUCAAGAUGCAUACUCGACCAAUGGCCGUCAGCAGAGAUAGAGGUGUCGAUUGAGAUAGACCCUGAAAUCUUAGAUGUCGAGGGAGCUAUUGAAGCAGUUGAGCCAGAAUGGAAACGCAUGGCUGACAACUACACGUUCACAGAGUACGUUCAAUGGCUUCAGGAGCAUUUAGACCGGUGCAACGGCAGUAAUUCAACGCCGAGACCGAAAGCUAUUCAGGCGAAACGGACCUUUUACCCUCAGCUCCAGAAGUCCUAUGUAGCUCCGACUCUGGAAAGUUUACUUACUCGGUGUGGCGAAGUCUCAGAAAACGAAAGAUUGCAGUCAUCCUCAUCGCAAGACGCACAAAUGCCUAUCGUCUCGCAGCUCCUCAAGAAUAGAGCCGCAACUCAAUUGCCAGUUCAACCAACAUCUCGCAAAAAUAAUCCGUUAUACCAUGAGCUCGCUUCUAUCAUAAGGCCGUUUGCUAAAAGCAAUGAUCCUGUUAGCCAAGCUUAUGGUGCUGACCUCUUCAAGAGCCUUAAUGCCCUCAAAGCAUUACCACAAUCUAGCACCCAAUUAAGUCCGGCUCGAAAACUUGAGGUUGAUAUUGCGAUACUAAAUUCUCAUAUCGUCGCCACACAGGACAAGAUCGACGGCCUUCUUAACAAACUUCGCAAUGCCAUCACGGGUAAGCGACAGUGGCUUGCACGAGGCCAGCUGCUGCCAUACGUUACAACAACUUCGCUAUUGGAACAACUCCGUUCACGUGUUGUCAAUUCUCUAGAUGAAAUUCAGCAAGUCAUUGUUGAAUAUGGGCAAGGAAUUCAGCAUCUCCAGCGCUUGUACCGUAUCAAGAAUGUGCACAGGCUCAGUGACCAAAAAUUACUAGCUGAAGAAAUAUCUUGUUCAAGUCACACAGCCACAGAUAGCCAAAGCCUCGAUUGGUUCCUUCUUGAGAUCGAUUUCAACUUCAAGAUCCGAGCUGACCAAGUUGAGGUCGCAAAAGCCAUGAUUGUUCCACCAGAGAGGCACAAUUUCGUUCUCCAGAUGAACAUGGGUCAAGGCAAAUCGAGUGUCGUUAUCCCUGUUGUGGCUUCUGCCCUUGCUAAUGGAAAAAAAUUGGUUCGCGUAGUUGUGCCUAAGCCUUUACUCCGCCAGACGGCACAGUUGCUUCAAAGUCGUCUUGGCGGUCUCCUAGGGCGCAAGAUUCGGUAUGUGCCGUUCUCACGUCGUUCUCCAACGGAUGAGGAGCACAUUGAUAGAUAUUAUGGUCUACACACCGACAUUGUAGGAAGUAAAGGGGUAAUGCUAACUUUACCUGAGCAUAUACUAUCUUUCAAGCUGAGUGGUCAGCAAGCACUUCUUGACAGACAAGUCGAACAGGCAAAUCGCAUGAUUCAAAUGCAAAAUUGGCUUUCGCAGCAGUGCCGUGACAUUCUUGACGAAUGCGACCACAUGUUGGCUGUCAGAACACAGUUAAUCUACCCUUCGGGUACCAUGAGCCCUGUGGACGCCCAUCCUCACCGCUGGAAAUGUAUACAGAGCUUGCUACAAAUCGUGAAAGCUCAUUUACCAGGGCUUCGUCACGACCACCCCCAAGCCAUCGAGAUUAUUGAGCGUGGCGCCGGCGCAUUUCCAACUGUAUACAUACUCAAGGACGAUGUAAAGGUCUCUUUGACGAACAGAUUGGCAGACUCACUCUUGAAAGGAGAGGGAGGUCUGCUCCCUAUGACGGAGUACACGGAGGAGGAAAGUGUAGCCUUGAGUAACUUUUUCCGCUUUUCGGAGUUGACAGAAAGCGGUGCCGCGCAAUGUGCGCGCAUCUUUGAAGCGAAUAUCGAUACAUGGAAGGUUGUACUACUUCUUCGUGGCCUGUUGACACAUUCUAUAUUGCUCCUCGGCCUCAAUAAACGUUGGAACGUUCAGUAUGGACUACAUCCUCAGCGCGUGCCAGUUGCUGUCCCCUUCAAUGGUAAAGGCAUCCCUUCCGAACAAGCAGAGUAUGGGCAUCCGGAUGUCAGCAUCAUUCUGACGUGCCUAAGCUUUUACUAUGGCGGCCUUUCGUCUUCGCAGUUCCGGCAAGCUUUAACACAAUUGACGAAGUCGGAUGAGCCUGCAUCCGAGUAUGACUCGUGGACGCGCCAUGUUCCUUCUCUGGCAGCGGAAUUUGGCUCCUACACAUCAAUUAAUCUUGAGGAUGAAGCCCAAGGUGCUCUUCUCUGGAACGAGCUGAAACAUCAGAUGAGUGUCAUCAACUUCUACCUCAAUCACUUCGUUUUCCCACAAUAUGCUCGUGUCUUUGAUCGCAAGCUGGUGAGCUCGGGAUGGGAUAUAGCUCUUCCGGAUGCACAGACUAAGGCCGAUAAGACAUCAAAAGAUAAGCCGCAAAGGAAUGCUAAAUCUGACUUGGGCCUUAUCAAAGACUGCACAUCAGGUUCACUAACCGUCGGCUUCAGCGGCACCAACGAUAAUAAAGCUCUGUUGCCUAUGAACGUGCGUCAGAAUGAUCUCCCUGGACUUUCUCACACCAAUGCAGAGGUUCUGACCUAUCUAUUACAAAAGCGUAACAGAUCGUACGUUCCAGCAAUUGGUCGGCGUGGGAAUCGGUGGAGUGAAAAAGAUCUCUUGACGCAUCUCAGUAAUAACCGUAUUCGUAUGCUAGUGGACGCUGGGGCUCAGGUCAUAGAAUAUGAUAACAAGUCGCUUGCAGAAGCUUGGCUGAAUAUUGAUUAUGAAGCUGAAGCCGCCGUGUAUUUCGAGAAGGAUGGCAGUGCUUGGGCUCUCUAUAGGAAUAGCAGAAAUUUACCACUGGCGGCUUCCUCGGUCUCAAAUAACCUUAGCAGAUGCGUCGUCUACCUCGAUGAAGCGCAUACACGAGGAGUAGAUCUCAAGAUGCCCGUGUAUGCCGUGGCAGCCGUGACUCUUGGUCCUGGACAGACCAAGGACCACACAGUACAAGCGGCCAUGCGACUUCGCCAGCUUGCGACUACUCAAUCUGUAAUCUUCUUCGCGCCGCUAGAGGUACAUCAGAGUAUCAUCAACUAUCGUCACAAGAUGAGAAACGACGCUAUAGAUUCCAGUGACGUCAUAGCAUGGCUCCUGGAGCAGACGUGCUGCAACAUCAGGCAAUUUCAGCCAUUAUAUGUAAGCCAGGGGCAUGACUACUGCCUUCGCAAGGCAGCGGCAUGGAGAUACCCUAAAGUGACAACCGAUAAUACGCAUCUCGAGGAGUAUCUCAAGAUAUUGGAACAACCUGAACAAUAUUCCUUGGAGACUCUCUACGGAAGACGCGGUGGCAGUGCAGCCAAGCCUCUUCAUGCACCAGGGCACCCGAGGCUUACCACGUAUGUCAAUGAACUUGACGACAUCAAACGUCAUUUGAGCAAAUCUGGAAGUUCAACGCAGAUGCUUGCCUACCAGGAGGUCGAGCAGGAACGCGAAGUCGCCGUCGAGAUUGAGAACGUACGGGAGGUCAAGAAGCCUCAUCACGCUAUUGGAGCUCCACAACGACCUAGAGAUAAAGACGUGAGACAAUUCGCAAUCACAGGUAAUCUCAAUCCUGAAUCCCAAUCAUACACACAAGUUUUUGCGUCUCUCAGCAUGACAGAGUUGGGCAAGCGGUUUGGGGUGUCAAAAUCAGCCAUUCAGUCGAAAUUCUACGUGACGCACGAGUUUCUCAAGACCGUCGUGCUUCAGAGGAAUCGACCACGAGACGAGUAUAUACGUCCUGUUCAUUGGAUCUUGUGGAGUCCAGCCAGUGCAACCGCUCUGAUAAUUGCAGACUUCGAAGCCAAUGUACUGCUCCCUAUCUUGCGUCGCAACUCCGAAGGCAUCGCGCCAUGCCAUCUGAUUACCUACGCCGCGCCUGUUACACCAAAAAUGCUGGUCUUCGAUACUUUAGACUUCUAUGCCAUUCCCGCCAUGCCAGAAGACUGGCGUGCCCCAGCAUGGCUUGUAUGUGAACUAGGGAUUUUUAGUGGACGACUUUACUUUGAUUUUCAACAGCAGGCCCUUGCCGUGUAUGAAACGAUGGGUUUCUCCUCAAGGUUUAGCCUACCUAAAGGUGAUGCGUCCGCUAGUGAUGACACUCUGCCUGUCAAUGGAAUAAAUCAGCUACUUGGCGUCGCGACUCAAGAGCGGGAGAAGCGAGAAGCUUUCUCUCCCAAGCCGAGAGAGUUCAUGCAGGAGUGGUUGGCCCUACGUCGCAAGGGACAAGACUUCUCGCAGACCAUGAUGGGCUUGCUAUGUCGUGGACGGCUGCUCGACGGUGGGGUGGUUGUUGAGGAGGCUGUGGUGGAAGAGGUGGUGGAGGAAGUCUCGGAGGUGGAUGAAAUUGAUGGGAAGGAGUGGGAGGAUGAUAUGGUGGAUGGGGGUGAGGAUGAUAUGGUGGAUAGGGGUGAGGAUGAUGAGGGUGACAAGGGUGGAGAGGGAGGAAGUUAA